AGCCCGGAACUAGCAUAACAUAGGAAACGAAUGAGAGAUCUCUUAUACUCAUUCGAAAACCCUAACCCUAGAUUCCUGAAUAACAAUUUUCACGGACAGAAAAUUCUCGUUCGUCCAGCAAUGGCGAUCUGUAACUAUUCUCACUUCAAACCCAUCUCCUUAACUCCUUCAACGAAUCGCUGCAGAUUCGAAUCGUCCACCUCCCGCGUCCUGACCUUCCGAUGCAACAACUCUCUCGCCUCAACGCAGCUCAAAGCCGAACCGGAACCAGUCCUCACCUCCGUUAAAUCAUUCGCACCAGCAACGGUCGCCAAUCUCGGCCCCGGCUUUGAUUUUCUUGGCUGUGCCGUCGACGGACUCGGCGAUUUCGUCACCUUACGCGUCGACCCCGACGUGCAUCCCGGCGAAAUCUCGAUCUCCCACAUCCAUGGCGUCGAAAGCAGCGUCGCAAAGCUCAGCAAGGACCCUAUAUCGAACUGCGCUGGAAUCGCCGCCAUCUCCGUCAUGAAGAAGCUUGGAAUCCGAUCAGUGGGUCUUUCACUGGAACUCGAGAAAGGUUUGCCGUUAGGAAGCGGCCUCGGAUCAAGCGCCGCGAGUGCUGCAGCCGCCGCUGUAGCCGUUAAUCAUAUUUUUGGCGGGAAGCUACCGGUGUCAGAGCUUGUUCUGGCUGGGCUUGAUUCAGAGCAGAAGCUCUCCGGUUAUCACGCUGACAAUAUUGCACCGGCUAUUAUGGGAGGGUUCGUGCUGAUCCGCAGCUACGAACCGCUUGACCUAGUCCCAUUGGCGUUCCCAGCGGAGGAGUUGUUUUUCGUUUUAGUAAGUCCGGAAUUCGAAGCUCCGACGAAGAAAAUGCGGGCGGUGCUGCCGAAGGAGAUCGGAAUGUCGCAUCACGUAUGGAAUUGCAGCCAAGCAGGGAUGCUGGUGGCGUCGGUAUUGCGAGGAGACUUAAAGGGGCUGGGGUUGGCUUUAUCGUCGGAUAAGAUCGUGGAGCCAAAGCGGGCGCCGCUGAUUCCUGGCAUGGAAGCAGUAAAGAAGGCAGCGAUUGAGGCAGGGGCGUUUGGAUGCACGAUUAGUGGGGCCGGGCCAACGGCGGUUGCAGUGACGGAUGAUGAGGAGAAAGGGAAGGAAAUUGGGUAUCAGAUGGUCGACGCAUUCAUGAAUGAUGGAGGUCUGAAGGCUCGUUCAGUGGUGAGAAAACUGGACCGAGUUGGAGCCAGGGUUAUUGAAAGCAACCCCUGAUGAAGAAUGAAGAGAAAUUUCAAAUUUCUAGGUUGGUGUCCUUUGCUUCAGAUCCUUCGUUUGGAUCCUCAUUAUCAAUUCUUGUUGGAUAGUGGAGGAGUUCUUAUUGUGUGGUUAGAAGCAACUCGCUUAGUCCAUACAAAGAGAAAAGUUCUAAUUUGAUUGUAUUUAGCUGCUUCUUCCAUCUUCCUAUCUGGCUUAAUCCAAUGGAAUAUUUGUUUAUGAAGCAUCUGUUAAAGUGGACUAUGAAAUUUUGAUCCAUUCAGACACCUUCAAUGCUAUCUAAGUGGACUAUGGAAUAGUUGUUUUCUCUUUCA